AUGAGUCGAGCACUCUCCUCCCUACCGCGCCAGCUACCCAGAUCAUUACCUCGAAGACCUGUGCGAUUACGGCAGUAUGCGACGACCACCUCAACACCACCGCACACCCGCGACCCAGCGGAACUCGACCAGAUAACCACCCUCUCCAACGGCGUCCGCGUCGCAACCGAAGCACUACCUGGCCACUUCUCUGGUAUAGGCGUCUACAUCGAUGCCGGCUCACGCUACGAAACAGACGCAUUACGAGGCGUCUCGCACAUCAUCGACCGACUCGCCUUCAAAUCCACCUCCGAACGCAGCGCAGACCAGAUGCUCGAGACGAUCGAGUCGCUAGGCGGGAACAUCCAAUGCGCUUCUUCACGGGAAAGCCUCAUGUACCAGUCCGCGACCUUCAACGCCGCGGUGCCGGAGACGGUGGCUCUGCUGGCGGAAACGAUCUGGUCGCCGCAGAUUACGGAGGAGGAAGUGCAGAGGCAGCUUGAGACGGCGGAGUAUGAGAUUGGGGAGAUUUGGGGCAAGCCGGAGUUGAUUCUGCCGGAGUUGGUGCAUAUGGCGGCUUAUAAGGAUAAUACGCUGGGCAAUCCUUUACUGUGUCCGAAGGAGAGGUUGGGGAGUAUUGAUCGUAGGACUGUGGAGGCGUAUAGGAAGGCUUUUUUUAAGCCGGAGAGGAUUGUGGUGGCUUUUGCGGGCGUGGAGCAUGCGGAGGCUGUGAAGUUGACGGAGAAGUGGUUUGGGGACAUGAGGAACAUCACGACAGAGGCUACGGACUCGCAACAACAACGGACGACGCCGACGCUGGAAGCAAACGACCCUUCGCACUCGAUCAACCCACCCUACCCGACAUCACAACUCCCUACAUCACAAAAGGACAGCCGGCUCAUGUCCAAGAUUCCCUUCCUGAAGAACCUAUCCACCUCCGCCUCGCAGUCCGCUACAGUCUCUCCACUCGACCCUUCGCAAAUAAUACCGCACCCGCUCUCGCAGACCCCGGCCUACGACACGCCCUCACAGUACACCGGCGGCUUCCUCACCCUUCCUCCCUUACCAAUCCCUCCAAACCCCACCCUCCCCCGCGUUAGCCACAUCCACCUCGCCUUCGAAUCCCUCCCCAUCUCCCACCCGGACAUCUACGCCCUCGCCACCCUCCAAACCCUCCUCGGCGGCGGCGGCAGUUUCUCCGCCGGCGGCCCAGGAAAGGGCAUGUACUCCCGCUUAUACACCAACGUGCUGAACCAAUUCGGCUGGGUGGAGAACUGUAUGGCCUUUAACCACGCCUACACCGACUCCGGCCUCUUCGGCAUCUCCGCCGCUUGCAGCACGCAGAGCGUCGUGCGCAUGCUGGAUGUGAUGGCGCAGCAACUCGGCCUCCUCUCCUCUGAAACGGGUCUCGGCCGCCUCACGAACGGCGAAGUCCAGCGCGCGAAGAAUCAGCUCCGCUCUUCUUUACUUAUGAACCUCGAAUCCCGCAUGGUGGAGCUCGAAGAUCUGGGUCGACAAGUACAGGUCCAUGGCCGCAGGAUCCCGGUCAAGGAGAUGGUUGAAUCGAUCGAAGCCGUGACGGUGCAGGAUCUGCGCCGCGUGGCGGGGAUGGUUUUUGGUGGUGAGGUGAAGAAUGCUGGACAAGGGAGUGGGGCGCCGACGGUUGUGCUGCAGCAGGGAGAGGAGGAGGGGGUGCGGUUGAAGGAGAUUCCUUGGGCGGAGAUUCAGGAUCGGAUUGGGCGUUGGGGGUUGGGGAGGAGAUGA